UGAUUUUCCGACUCUCGUCCCUUUUGAGGUUCGGAGGAUUACUGACUUGUAUUUCUUUAAACCGUACGAAAUAGUCGUAUUAAUUUAAAUUUUGUUAUGCUUUUAUUAAUAAAGUGUCCCAUCGGAUGAUAAUACACCGGCUCGUUUUUACACCAGCUUAUACGUUGUUUUUUUGUUUUGUUUUUUUAUAAAGUUUAGUCGAUUGAAAGUCCGAAAUGUCGGAUAGUUUCUUCGGUUUCGAUACCACUCUAGAGGGCGGAGACGCCAUGGACGACGGAAUACCGUCGGAAGAGGACGAGGAGGAUUACGAUGCGCUCAACGACGAAACUUUCGGAGACAGUGUCAUCACUGGCGAUUGGGAACAGGACCAUGAAAAGUUGGCAGAGAUUGCUGAGCUUUCGAGACGGUCGCUUAUAGCAGAGAAUGGAGAUCUCAGUGCAAAAAUUGCUGCAUUCAUUUUGGAUGAUGAGAUACAAGACGAGAAACUGGAACCCAUUAAGCCAAAAAUGAGGCCACCGCCAGGCUUUUGCGCCCCAACACCCAACCAUAUUAAUGAUGAAAUUAUGCUGCCUAAUUUGAGAGUAAAUGCAAUGUGUACAGUAGAAGAAAUAGAAAGGAAUUUAAUAAAACCUAGUAGUGUGAGAUUAGAAGAUUUAGAAAGACGUAUAAUACUGAACAACCAAGAUGUUCUUCAGCUGCGAUCAAACCAAGGGAGCCCUGGUUUUAUUAAGCCACCGCACAGCCAUAACUUAAACAAUCAACUGUCCAAAGGAUCAUUGCUGCUACCCUUCCAGGUGGCACCCCCUCAAAUCCCAAAUCUCUCUUUUGUUUUACCUUGGAAUGCUAAUCCUUGGAAUCGUCUGUCAGGUCCGAUGGUCAGAGUUCCUCAUCCUUUCGACAUUAAUCGUAUUAUAUCCCCAAGCAUUCAACAACAGCUACAUAAGCAGCAGCAGAAGAGGAGAAGUCGGUCUGAUGAUGAAUAUGCAGGUCUUAUGACGCUUAGGGAAAGAAAUUGGCUCGCUUCCCUGCAGACGAUGCAAAUCAGCACAAACCAACCAUUUCAAGAUGACUAUUAUUUCAUGAUGUAUCAGACUACACAUUCUGGAAAUCACAAUAGAAAAUUAGGCUCAUCACUGAAAAAUAACAGAGAAAUUCCAUUAUUAAUAAAACCAACUUAUACUCCACUACAGUUUGAAAAUUCUUUAGGAAAAUUACAAGUAGGAAGUGUGAUGGCGCCAAGAAAAAUCAUUGACACCGACAUCGUGGAGAACAUUGACUGUGCAAGCAUCAGCUCUACGUCGAAGAAAGUCAAGCAGAUUCUUCUGGAAAUUGAACAUAUGUUUUCAACAGUCCUGCAAGCUGAAGAGGCAAUAUCACCGUUGGCGAACCAUAAUGAAGAAAUGGUUAACCCAGUUGAAUUGUUUAAAAAAACAGUCAACACAUUGUUAAAAGACGACAAAUUGGUUGCUGUACUGAAUAUUAGAAAAGGAAAGACAUUGGUAUUGAGAAUAUUACCUCACAUUGAAAUAUCAGCACCUCUCGUUGACAAGUUCAUCACGAUACUCCCUGCAGUUGCAAAGAAGGACACCGAUCAAAGUCUUCUAAGUGCAUUGCCACCAGUGAGGCAAUAUUUAUCGACCUGUAGUCUACAAUCUCUUGUAGAAUUGAGCACAAGUUUGACACAAGAUGCUACGUUCCUUCUCCAGAAUAAACUUGGAAUAUCAGUCAUUGCAAACAUGAUAGAAAGAGCUGAAGUUCUCAUAGCAAAUAGUGCCAACAGUAACGAUGCAAGGAACUGGAUAUCAUUUAUGAACCUGUUGGUGAUGAAUUGCUGCACCAGCGAACUGGAGAGGCCUGUUGUAGGUAUUCAUGGUCCAACCCUUGCAAAGCACCUUUCUAGGUGUUCCCAAUUGGGUAGUAUUUCCACCUUGCAAAAAGCACUCUCUAACCUAAGUACCAUUGAAAAAGGUUAAUAAGAAUAAAACUUACCCUAAAUUUAGAAUACCAUCACACAAUUUAGUAAAAGUAUAUAUUGAUUUAUAUUCCAGAUAAUUGUAUCAUAAUAUGUAAGUGUGAUAGGCCUUUGACUUCGGUAUUUUACUAAUGUAAUACCAUUUCUAUAGUUUUUCUUUUUUAUUUCAAACUGCUUAAUUUUUUAAUCAUAUUAAUUAAUUUUAUAUUUUAUAUUGAUAAGACAAAACAAAAACAAGUUAUUAUUUUUUGUUUGCAAAAUUAAAGUGGUUCGCUUGAGCGAGAGUGAGUGUGUGUAACCCCUCAUGGGAUCAAGAUAUUGCGGUCCUUAAUCAUAAAAUCUAAGUUUUAUUUUCUUUCAUUCAUUUAUUUUUCUUUGUUAAUAAGAAAAACAU